AUGAUGGAUUCUAACGGCAACUUUGCCCGGCCUUUUGACGAAUCCCUGAUCCGCGAACUACCUCAGCUGCAGAGUCUCCGCAUCGCUCCUCUUCGCCAACCAGUUUCCUCCCGCAUACUAAGCAUCCCCUCGCCACUUGAGCCCAAUGCCAGCAGUGUCCGGGAUUCAAAUACCAUUUCCAAGGCCAAAUCCUCCACUGGAAUCGGUGGCCCAACUCGCAACAACGAUUCGAAUGGCGGAGUACCGGAGGCUUCCAACCCCGGGCGGACCAAGAAGAAUGAUCCUUCAGUAGAUACGCUGCUCAGUCUUGAGGCCCCUCCCAAACCAAUCUUACCGUCUUUCGUCAACCUCCGCGCCCUCGAGCGGUUCCCAUACUCUUCAUUUGACGAUGACUCGUCUCACGCUCGCAAACGUCGCCGGGUGGACGUGCAGGCCGACUCCUUCGGCGAGCAUCUGCAGCUACCAAUUCCGCAGUCGCAGAAGGAGCAGCGACCGCCGCCAUUUGGACCCUUUGCCAUUCUCAACGGGCUAAACGAGCCGCCACCCAACGCCGCUCUGCUACCGCCUAUCGAAGCGGGCUCCAUCACGCAGCUCCUGACCAAGCCCUCCCGAGACCAAUCCUACGUCGAGCCCGCGUUACUCACCGCUAAUUCUGUCGCAGAUACGCCGAGUUUUGAAAAACGGGAGGGGAGGAUUGAGGAGAUUUUGGACCCUCCGGUCGCGGAGAAGCCGACGCCGGAUGACCAGCGGAAUCCCGCAAGCAGUGUCGCGGAGAGCGUGGACGUCGAUUCGACGGAGCCUCCGAAUGGUGAAGUCGGAAUUGAUAAAGAGCAUGAAACGCCCGUAAACGAGGACAACGAGCCACUGUCGCCGAAAUCGAGGGGUCGGUCCCGAAAAAACCUCCGUAAAUGGACCGAGGAGGAAACCACGGCUCUUCUGCGUGGCGUGGUCAAGUGCGGUAUCGGAAACUGGACAGCAAUACUGGCGCAGCCCGAACUCAAGUUCAAUAAGCGGAGCGCAUCGAAUCUGAAAGAUAGGUUUCGCGUCUGCUGUCCGUGGGCGUAUCGGGCUGCUGACCCUAACGAAGCGACAAAGAAAUUACGCGACAGCCUUGCCGAUGCUAUGCUGCGCGCCGAGUCCGAAGGGACUGGGAAUGUCCCUGGGAAGAUUCGCCUCCCCCAUCCAUGGCCGGCCAGUCUUGGACCGCCCUCCGCUGGAAGCAGCUCGACAACCAGCUUGGACGAACCCUCAUCGUCCAGUGCCUCCCCCCUGACCGAAGUGGAGCAGAACAACUCCCAAUCUUACUUCAAACAGGCCCCAUCGACCAGUUCUCCCCUUAGUUUAUCUAGUAGAUCCAAGUCCACGCUAGCUUCUCUUGGCAUUCCGGAGCCGCACUUUAACAUGAAAUCCCGACGUCGCUCGCGGCGCCCAUUCACAGCUGCCGAAGACGAAGCUUUGCUCAAAGGUUAUGCCGUCCAUGGCUUUCAGUGGACACUAAUCCAACAAGACAAGCGUCUGAACUUCGGCCACCGCAGAGCAACCGACCUGCGAGACCGAUUUCGGACCAAAUUCCCCCACGCAUAUCGUGACGGAGGCUCCGUCAGCGGUAACAAGACUCACAACGACCAGACUAAAACUGUACCCGAUCCUAAAGACAGUAGCAAGCCGAGUCUCAUACGGCCUACCAAACCAUCUUCAAAUCCGGCCCAUCCCAACAAGCCUGAUGUCGAACAGGCCCCAUUAGGCCCUAUCGAUCCGGCUCUCUCUGCCCCGGCUCCGCCGCCAAAUCUCCCUGACGGCACGUCAACAGGUACAUCCUCCACCGCUGUCUUUCAGUUUCCUCUGGACGAGAACCCACCUGGCGCUCCGGCGGUGGAUGCCUCAUGGGCCGAUAAUACCCUUGCUCCUAUGUUAUGGGAUGAAUUAACCUAG